UCCAAGAUCCCCUGAUCUCUUAGAAGUAGAACUGGCAUGGCCCAUUUCAGGUUGGAAAUUCAGAGGCCAAGAACGUGAAGUCAUCCAACCCAGAAAAUAUCCAAAACAAAUCAAUGGAGCUCUCUUCCCUCCUACCCUCCCUAUCCCCGCGCAGCGCCCUCCCCCUCUCCCUCUCCCCCGCGGCCAAGACGGUUCGGCGGCCAGCCGCCUACGCCUGCCGCUGCUGCCGCUCGGACACUUCCCCGGAAGGGACAACCACCCGGCGAUGGUUCGCCUCGCUAGCCGCCGCCACCGCAGCCGUCGGGAUUGGCGUCGCCGGAGGAGGGGAAGCCGGCGCCGUGUCGACCAGCAGGAGAGUUUUCAGGAGCUCCAAGAUUCCGGAGAGCGAGUUCACCACUCUGCCUAAUGGCAUCAAGUACUACGACAUCAAGGUCGGAGGUGGGGCUAAAGCUGUUAAGGGAUCCCGUGUCGCAGUAUGUACCGCCACCAUUAUUUGUAUUUGGUCAAGCUUAGCAUUUCCAGAAUCAUUCUAUGAUGCAAGAAUUUAUUAUCAUUUGCAUUUGCACCUGCACCUGCAAUCACUAUUGAUGAGUAGAAAUGAACAGGCAGAGGUCGCAUCAGUUGGUAAAUCUAAAUUGAGCCGAGUUUCCGUUUAUUUUUCUUGUAUGUAAGUAGUUUAAUUUAUU